AUGGUGCACAGUUCUGUGCCUUCAAGCUCACCGCAUGGAACCAGUGCUCCCGUUAUCGAAUACGUCUGCCUUUUCACACAUGAUUUGCGGAGGAAACAGAAACGAUGGCAAGAUGGACGCCUGAAAUUGCACACCUUUAACGGACGGAUCAUGGUUUACGAUGAGAGGGGCAACUUUGUAGGAGACACUCAUUGGCGAGAGGAUUACGACUUCGGCGAAGGCGAAGAGUUCGACCUAGAGAGAGGUAAUACUAUUGUCCAGGCAGGUGAAUGUGUUGGAAGCCGACAGCAGGACCUCACGGAAAUUGUCGACAAGAGAAUCCAGGAAAAGGCAGAAAGACAGGCAGAAAGGCGGGCAGCUGCAGCCGCUCGCCAACCUUCUAUCAGACCUGUGCCAGCCCUCAGCAUAACCCAUUCAAGAUUACAUCAAUUACCACCGCGGCAUAGGCCACUACUUCAGUUGAUUGGAACGCCGACGGGACAUCAUGGGCGUGCAUAUGUACCUCCCGAAUCUCCGUUCGAGGAGCGCCAGAGGGCAAAUGCACAAGAACCAGACGAAAGUCUUCAACCCGCCAAGAGGCGCAAACGGGAAGCGAGUCCACCGAGUAAAAAUGGCUACGCCCAAAGUCUCUUUGGAGCAUCCUUGACCCUUUCG